GGAGCGGAAUUCAUGCUUCUUGUGUGUCCUUCCUUCUCUCCCUUCAGUUGCAUUCUGUAAAGAGGUACGGAGAUUCUUCUUCAUUGAUACAACCUCCAUUCUUUGUUUAACAAUUAUCAACAUGCAUCCGGAGCACAACAAUGGUAACAAUCCCCUGAAGCGAAGCUUUGGUCAGAUGAGCUCUGACCCACCUGAUACCAUGGCUGUGGACAACAAUGAUCUUGUUAGGAAACACCCUUCUUCACCUUCAUCUGAUGAUUUGAUGCCCAGAGAUUAUCUAUUGAGGGUGUAUGAAGUUGCUAAGAAGAGGAACAUAAUAGCAGUACUUGACACAGCUCCGGGGAAGGCCAUGAUUGCUGUGAUGUUGAUCAAGGAUGUUGCUCAAGCCGUAAAGUCUAGUGGCAAUAAAAAGUUAAUAAUUUUCUUGGCACCCACUGUUCAUCUUGUUAAUCAGCAUUUUGAUUAUGUAAGGCCUUAUACGAAUUUGGAUGUGGAGCAAUAUUUUGGAGCUAAGGGGGUUGAUGCAUGGAACUUGAGUCGCUGGGAGAAAGAAAUAAGGGAGCAUGAUGUUAUGGUCAUGACUCCCCAGAUUCUCCUGGAUUCCUUGAGUAAAGCAUUUUUGAGUCUGGAAAUGGUGUGCUUGAUUGUAAUAGAUGAGUGCCAUCGUGCUACUGGAAAUCAUCCAUAUGCAAAAAUAAUGAAGGAAUUCUAUCACAAAUGUAAUAACAAGCCCAAGAUUUUUGGAAUGACAGCAUCAUCUGUAGGUAGGAAAGGUUUCUCAUCUGCCAUGAAUUGUGAGGGUCAAAUGUCUGAACUCGAAACCAUUUUGGAUAGUUUGUUCUUUUGUUUUCUAGAAACAAAAUCAUAUGUUGUGGAUGCGACAGGAACUUCUGUUACAACAGAUUCUAGUGUUGACCUCACCAAUCAAUAUUGUGGAAAGCUUCCUGGUAACGACUCCUCUACACCACAGCCAACUUUUGAGUUUUCAUUUGUGGGAGGGCUAUAUGAGUGUAGAUUGACAUUGCCUGCUAAUUCAGCUUUUCAAGAAAUAGUCGGUCCAGCGAGUAAAACUUCUCUUUUAGCAAAACAGCUUGUCUGCUUGGAAGCAUGUAAGAAGCUUCAUCAGUUAGGUGCUUUGGACAACCAUCUUCUCCCAUCAGUUGGAAUUCCUUCCAAAAGUGAUCUUAGUUUGAGCAGUAAAGUUUCUGAUUCAGCAUCUAAGAAGCUUCACCAAUUAGGUGCUUUGGACAAUCACCUUCUCCCUUCAGUUGAAAAGCCUUCCAAAAAUGAUCUUACCAUGAAAAGCAAAGAUUCUGACUCAGGUGCAGGAACAACGAAAAGGAAGGAACUACACGGGACAAUUCAAAUUCGUGCAUUGUCUGGAAGUUGGGGCGGAAAACUUGACAAUUCUAUUUUUCAGGCCUACAAAUUUGACUUUUCCUGCAACAUUUUUACCGAGGUUUAUUCUGGAUUUGUUCUUCUGAUUGAGUCAAAGCUUGAUGAUGAUGUGGGAAAUCUGGAAUUGAAUCUUUACUUGGUUGGGAAGAUGGUUAAGACAUCAGUUUCUUUAUGUGGCCAAGUGCAAUUUGACGCCAAACAGAUGAUGAAAGCAAAGUGCUUUCAGGAGUUUUUCUUUAAUGGCUUGUUUGGGAGGUUAUUUGUUGGGUCAAGGUCAUCAGGAAUACGAAGAGAGUUUCUUCUUCAGAGUGAAACAACUUCUUUAUGGAGUUCCUCAAACAUGUAUUUGCUUCUGCCGCUUGAGAUUACUCCAAAUGAUGAUCAAUGGAAAAUCAAUUGGAUGGCUAUUGAUGCUUGUUGUUCUUCAGUAGAAUUUUUGAAGAAAAGUUCUUUGUUGGGUGUUGUAGGGCAUGAACUUAAUGGAGACAAUAUAUUGCCCAAUAGAACUUGUUCACAUGAAACAAACUGCAAGGUAGAAAAUAUGAUCCACUUUGCUAAUGAUUCAGUUGAUGCCAAUAAACUUGAAAAUAUGGUAGUACUGGCUAUUCAUACUGGAAAAGUUUACUCCAUCCUUGAAUUAUUGAGUGAUACGUCUUCUGAGAGUCCUUUUGAUGGUAAUAAUGAUGCUGCCCAACCUGAGUAUUCUAGCUUUACUGACUACUUCAACAAAAAGUAUGGAAUUGUUUUGAGGUGCCCAGGACAACCUUUACUUCUGUUAAAGCAGAGUCAUAACCCUCACAACCUUCUUGUGAGUUUUUGUGAUGAAGGUGCUUAUUCUACAGUGCAGUUUCAUAUUCGUAUGCCACCUGAGCUUCUAUUGAGGAUUGAUCUCCCAAUAAGCGUUCUAAAAUCAAUGUACUUACUGCCAUCAUUAAUGCACCGUAUUGAGUCACUGAUGCUGGCCAGCCAACUUAGAAAAGAGAUUGAUGAUUGUUCAAGCAACUUCAAUAUAUCAAGCUCAUUGAUUCUGGAAGCACUAACAACGCUUAGGUGUUGCGAAAGUUUUUCUAUGGAGAGACUAGAGCUACUAGGUGAUUCUGUCCUAAAGUAUGCUGUGGGCUGCCAUCUCUUUCUUAAAUAUCAUGAGAAAAAUGAAGGACAACUAUCUUCACAGCGUUCAUGGGCUGUUUGCAAUUCAACUCUGCAUAAAUUGGGAACAGAUUGUAAAUUACAGUUAUAUAUAAGAGACAGUGCAUUUGAUCCCCGUCGUUGGGUUGCUCCAGGACAGCAAUCUCUACGGCUGGUUCCUUGUGACUGUGGGGUGGACACUUCAGAAGUUCCUUUAGAUCCUAAAUUUCAAACUGAAGACCCCAAAAUUAAGGUAGGCAAAUGCUGUGAUCGGCAUCACAGAUGGAUGGUUUCGAAAACUAUAUCAGACUGUGUUGAAGCACUAAUAGGUGCAUACUAUGUUGGUGGUGGACUGAUGGCUGCACUUCAUGUAAUGAAGUGGCUUGGAAUUGAUGCAGAACUUGAUCCUACACUAGUGGUUGAAGCCAUUAAUUGUGCAUCUUCACAAUCUCAUGCCCCCAAUACUGAUGAAAUAUACACUAUAGAGUCAAAGCUCAGGUAUAAGUUUUCUGUUAAGUUUUUCUUGCAGGAGGCGAUUACACAUACAUCACUUAAUGAAUCCUACUGUUACCAGAGGCUUGAAUUCCUUGGUGAUUCUGUGUUGGACUUACUUAUUACCAGGCAUCUCUACCAUAAACAUACAGAUAUAGAUCCUGGAGAGCUGACUGACUUGCGCUCAGCAUCAGUUAAUAAUGAUAAUUUUGCCCAAAUUGCUGUGCACCAUGACCUUCAUAAGCAUCUUCAACACCGUUCGAUCAUACUAUUUAAUCAAAUAGAAGAGUACAUAAAGUCCUCUGAUUCUUGUGAUACUUCUGGCUCUGGUCCCAGCAUAAAAGGUCCCAAGGCUCUUGGAGACCUGGUUGAAAGUAUAGCUGGGGCAAUUUUGAUUGAUACCAAGCUUAAUCUUGAUGAAGUUUGGAGAAUAUUUGAACCACUUUUAUCUCCGAUUGUGACACCUGAUAAACUCAUGCUCCCUCCACAUCGUGAGCUUAUUGAGUUAUGUGACUCUCUUGGCUACUUUAUUAAGGAAAAAUGUGUAACUAAGGGGGAAAUGGUGCAUGCCGAGCUUAGGUUACAGCUUGAUGAUGUUCCUUUGGUAGGCAAGGGGCAUGAUCAAAACAGAAAAGCUGCAAAAGGAAAAGCAGCUUCACAUCUCUUGAAGAAACUUGAGGAUAGAGGAAUCAGGAUGAGGAAACAGGGUCCCAAUAACUUUCCUAAUUCAAAUCAAACAACAAAUAAUGACUCUAUACAGCCAGCAAUCCCAAAAAAGCAAAAGAAAACUGGAAUCCAAUUGACUACAAAUUCGACUGAAGCCCUCUCCCUUACAGAUGAUUCUUUUAAGGAAGCAUGGAGUCCUGGCACCACCCCAGGACCAAGAACGUGUCUUUAUGAUCUCUGUAAAAGACAGCUGUGGCCAAUGCCUACCUUCACUACAACAGAAAAUAAAUAUAGAACUGAAAUGGAGUUUGGAGAAGGUGCUGAAAAAAGGAAGGGAUUUACAGGUUUUGUAUCGAAAAUUACCUUGCGAGUGCCAAACUCUGGCAUUAUUGAAUGUGAAGGAGAUGAAUGUGCUGAUAAGAAGAGCUCAUACGACUCUGCUGCAUAUGUCAUGCUUCAUGAACUUCAACAAGAAGGGCGGCUCAUCAUCUGUGGGUAAAUCCUAGCAAAUCUGCCCACUUCCUGAUCUAAGAAAGACAUGGCAUAUUUUUCAGUAACCUGCCAUCCUGCAAAUCUUUCCUGGGUAAUUUUUGACAUAAAUAAUAUCCAAAUUUCUAACCUUGGGAAUGAUAAGACACAUUAUCAAAUUACAAAAUAUUAUCCUGUUAACUGAAUGUAAAUAUUUAGGAUAAUUUAAUUUGAGAAAACAGAUUUGCAGCAUUGUGUACCCUGUCUUAUCAUUUUUUACAUGACAGAAUCUGGUUUUUUAGUCUAGUGCAGUCUGAAUAAUGAAAUUCUGAAGAGUAC